CUGCAGGGUCUUGUCAUUUCAUUUGUAUUAUUUUAUUGAAUUUAAGAAAUCGUUCGUUAUUUUGCGCGUAUAUCAAUAGACUUUUUGAAAACACAUAAGAAUGGGAAAGGAAAAGUCUAAAAAGCGGCGCAAGUCUUCUGACGACUCGAGUUCAGGAAGUUCCGACUCAAGUCAAGAGAGAAAGAAACUACGCAAACUUAAAAAGAGGUUAAAGAAAGAGCAGAAAAAGACCGAAAAAGCUUUAAAAAAGAAGCUAAAAGAACAGAAAAGAAAGCUUAAGAAAAAGCGGGAUCGGUCAAGAGAAAAGUCUAAGAGUGAAAGUAUUGAUAAUGAUGUACCUGCUGACAUUCCAAUAGAGUUAAUGGAAAAAUCAAAGGCUAUGGCACCAAUGACCAAAGAAGAGUGGGAGAAACGCCAGAGUGUUGUGAGGAGAGUGCUGGAUGAAGAAACUGGCAGAUACAGGUUAAUAAAAGGAGAUGGAGAGGUAUUAGAAGAAAUAGUAUCCCGCGACAGACACAAACAAAUCAACAAACAGGCCACAUUAGCUGAUGGCGAAUUCUUUCAGUCACAAACUUUAAAAAAGAAGUAAUAUGUGCUUCUAUACAGCCACACUAUUUCUAUACAAGUCACUUUUUAAAUAUAACUAAGAAUAAAAUGGAUUUAUUUAAUUAUUUUCUACAGGUAAGUGGUAGAAAAAUCUACUUGUAUAUUUUGUGAACAGAGAUACUAAACAGUAAACAUGCUUCCUAUUAUUAACCAUUUAUGGCAAUGGUUCUAUUAUAUUUAUGAAUCGCUUAUCACAAAUAU